CAGGAUGCAGUUUUCUGGAGGAAAUCGGAGGAAGAAGCUGAGGUUGACAGGUGACCAGAAGAGUAACCACCCUCAUAGCCUUCAGUUUUACCUGCAGCCACCUUCUGAAAACAUAUCUUUGAUAGAGUUUGAAAACUUGGCUAUCGAUAGAGUUAAAUUGCUCAAGACAGUGGAAAAUCUUGGUGUGAGCUAUGUGAAAGGAACUGAGCAAUACCAGAGUAAGCUGGAAGCUGAGAUUCGGAAGGUCAAGUUCUCCUAUAGAGAAAAUUUAGAAGAUGAAUAUGAACCAUGAAGAAGAGAUCAUAUUUCUCAUUUUAUUUUGCGCCUUGCUUAUUGCCAGUCUGAGGAUCUUAGACGCUGGUUCAUUCAACAAGAAAUGGAUCUCCUCCGAUUUCGGUUUAGUAUUUUACCCAAGGACAAAAUUCAGAGUUUCUUGAAGGAUAGCCACUUGCAGUUUGAGGCUUUUGAAGAAAAAGGGCAGCGUUGCCAACGUAAGGAAAUGGAAGUGUUAAGAAACUUGCAUGAAAGUGCUGCUCCUCCUGAUGACAGUGAUGGUUGUGGAUUGAAUCAGCAGAGAAAGAGUGGGGACCUUGAUAACCAGCAAUCUGCCACUAAGAAGAAUGAAGAAUAUUAUUCGGAGCAUGAGAAAUCAACAGUGGUCAGAACUGAAUUUCUUGAGGAGACACAGAGGAAUGAAUCUUUACCCAGCACUAGUACUAUGAGGCCUGCUCUACCGUCAUCCAGUGUUGGGAAUGUUCAUGGUGGAUUAAUGUGCGAAGGAAACUUUGUCCCACAAAGAAACUUGAGAAUACCUACCUCACAGCUACAGCUUUCACGUAAUCGCACACUGGACUCCUCAUGCAUGGUUUCACCGCAUAAUGUAGAAUGUUGUUGCAUGAACUCAAAAAUUGAAAUCCAGAAUUUGAAGAAGGAAUUAAGUGACUUCAGGAGACAAUUGCAGACAUUGGAACACACCAGAAAGCAUGCUGCUCAGGAAGAAUGGGAUAGGGAACUGGAGGAACCCAGGCAACUCCACGUGCAAGUGGGAGAAACCUUAACUUGCAACCUGAAUAAGGAGCAUGAGAAAUCAACAGUGGUCAGAACUGAAUUUCUUGAGGAGACACAGAGGAAUGAAUCUUUACCCAGCACUAGUACUAUGAGGCCUGCUCUACCGUCAUCCAGUGUUGGGAAUGUUCAUGGUGGAUUAAUGUGCGAAGGAAACUUUGUCCCACAAAGAAACUUGAGAAUACCUACCUCACAGCUACAGCUUUCACGUAAUCGCACACUGGACUCCUCAUGCAUGCUACUGAGAAACUUAAAAAGUGACCUAGGAACCAACGAGUCCAGUUUAAGUCAACGUGUAUUUUUAAAAGUGUCAAAAGAAUACGUACACAUUUUAAAGAAAAAAUAUGCUCUGUAUUACAAUUACUGACCACUGCUUAUGUAACACAGUUACCAUUUACU